AUCUCAAGGGUCGUGUGAGAGACGAAGCGUCGAUUCGAAGCUGCAGGCCCGCCAUCGCCAACCACGCCUCACCAAGGGGAAUUGACCUUGCCGAGCCUUUCAAUCCGGAGCCUCGUCUGGCCAUGAGCGUCGCCCGCCCGGCGCGCAGCCUUCUGCGCACGUGCGUCGCCUCUGCCCGCACCGCGCAAACCGUCAGUUGCCAGCAUCAAUUCCACACUUCGGCGCCCCGCCCCUCGAAGCGGCGAUCACGCUUUCGCAAUGUCAAGGCCGAGGAUAUGGGCCUGCUGAGCCCCGAAAAGCUCGCCAAGUACCGCCAGGAGAAGUUCCCCGAGUACACCAAGGAGGAGCUCGAGGCCCUCAAGAGCAAGUACACGCCCGAGCAGAUCGAGGCCAUCAAGGCGGGCGAGGAGGCCAUUGACCCGAACGACCUCAUUUUCCAGGGACGACUACGAGAUGACCCCUACAGGCCGCAGUAUAUCGAGGACUACACUGUGCUAGACCCGCGGUACGACGUCAAGCCGGAGCUGGAGGGCACGCCCUGGGAGCCGCAAUGGUUGAAUCCCAGCGACUGGGCAGACAAGUACGGUUCCAAGCUGACGGACCUGACGGACAAGAAGACGAGCGAGCAGCUCACGAGAGCCAUGGUCCGCGCUUUGCGGAGAGUCAAGGAGAGCAACGGCGAGGAGCUGAUAGACCUCACCGAGGAGGAACUGGUGGAUCUGGAGAAGGAACCCGAGCUGCUGAAGAAGUAUCUGGACGGCCCUGCUGGCACUAUCCGACUGCACUCCGCCGAGGUCGCCGAGCUGGGCAAGGUUCCCGGCGUCGAGGGCCUGUACAAGUCGGCCGCCGACCCCGAGGACGAGGGCCAGGACGACGACGGCCGCUACCAGGAGAUCAAGCGGCUGACGGGCAUGUCGCUGAGGGACAUCCAGUCCAUCUACCGCAAGGUGCUCGUCCAGCGCUGGGUCACCAACCAGACCCGUCUGGGCAAGGUGCGCAGCACGUCCAUUGUCGCCAUCGCGGGCAACGGCAACGGCCGCCUGGGUCUCGGCAUUGCAAAGUCCACCGAGGCCGGUCUCGCGGCCGAGACGGCGCAGCUGCUGGCUAUCCGCAACAUGAAGCCCAUCAGGCGGUACGAGAACCGGACCAUUUACGGAAACGCAAAGGCCAAGGUUUCGGGCACCGUCGUCGAGCUGUUUGCCCGUCCUCCAGGCUUCGGUCUCCGCUGCCCGCACCGCAUCUUCGAAAUGUGCCGCGCUUCUGGCAUCCACGAUAUUGCGGCGCGCAUGCCCCGAUCCAAGAACCCCAUGAACUCCGUCAAGGCGGCGUAUGACGCCCUGAUGAACCAGGUCGAUCCCGAGGAGAUUGCCAUCGGACGGGGGAAGAAGAUGGUGGAUGUGCGAAAGGUGUACUAUGGAGGCAAUGUAUAUUAAACGGGGGUUGGGGAGCUUCGGGGUGUCAUUUGGAAAAACAAAAAGGGGGAUAUUAAAAAAACGAGAGAAAGAGGGCUGGCUGUUAGAAAUAAAGAGGGGAGAGUUGUGAGUGGUGAAUGUCGAGACACACUACUCUGUGUACAAGUACUGUAACGCUGGAAAAUGAAUAUACAUCUUACACGC